AUGGCUCCUACCAUUUCCACAUCUACCGGUAAAGUUCAGCGGUUGUAUCUUUGGGACUGGGAGGUACUAAUAACCCUCCCUAAAGAUCAGAAAUUUGAUGAAUCCAAAGAACCAUUUUACGUGCUUGAUCUAGGACUUCUCAUCAGUCUUAUCAACGACUGGGCUCGUGCUCUCCCCAUGAUUCAGCCAUAUUACUACGUCAAGUGCAACCCAAACACGGCCCUCCUCGGUGCCAUGGCCGCCCUCAGCUCGAACUUCGACUGCAGCAGCCGAGCCGAGAUCGAAUCGGUCCUGGCUCUCGGGGUCUCACCCAACCGAAUCAUCUUUGCCAACCCAUGCAAGGCCGAGUCCCACAUCAAGUACGCUGCCACCGUUGGUGUUAACUUGACCACUUUCGACUCCAUGGCUGAAGUAGACAAGAUCAGAAAAUGGCAUCCCAAAUCUGCAUUGCUCAUUCGAAUCAAAGUUGUGGACGAUAGUGCCGCGCGCUCCCCUUUGAGCUCCAAAUGUGGGGCAUUCCCCGCCGAGAUACUGCCGCUUCUUCAAGCUGCUCAUGCUGCCCACCUCGAUGUCGUUGGCGUCUCGUUCCAUAUCGGGAGCGGACGCAGCGAUGCAGGUGCUUAUCAUGUGGCUGUAGCCGCUGCCAAAGCUGUGUUUGACGCAGCAGUUCGACUAGGGAUGCCAAAGAUGAAGGUGCUGAACAUCGGGGGCGGAUUCACCGCGGGGGUGCAUUUCGAGGCUGCAGCCACAGCCGUUAAAGAAGCAAUUGAGAAGCACUUUUCCGGCGAGGAAGGGGUGAGCAUAAUGGCGGAGCCAGGGCGGCUUUUUGCAGAGAGAGUUUUCACGUUGGCGACCAAUAUAAUUGGGAAGCGAGUGAGAGGAGAUUUUAGAGAGUAUUGGAUAACGGAUGGGAUAUACGGCUCCAUGAAUUGCAUCGUCAACGAUCACGCGGUUCUCACGUGCACCCCACUAGCCACCACCUCAAACCCUCAAGAUCCGACAUGUGGGAACGCUGAACUGUACAAGUCCACCGUGUUUGGCCCGACACGUGACGCCUUUGAUACCAUUUCGGAUGCUUACUGGCUACCGGACUUGAAGGUGGGUGAUUGGCUGCUGUUUCCAAACAUGGGCUCCUACACGUCAGCAACCGGGUCCAGCUUCAGUGGGUUUUCCACAUCCGCAAUUUCCACCCAUCUUGCUUAUUUCAUACCAUAGUAAUAAAUAGUAUUACUUAAUGCACUGAUCUCUUCCAUUUAAAUAAAUUAAGGCUAGUUUUACAAUCAUGGCUAAAGGGUUGUAUAUAUGUAA